AUGGAGGUCCAACAGCCUCGGAACAUCGUGAUUGUCGGCGGCGGCAUUAUUGGGUGCACAACAGCCUACUUCCUGACGCGGCAUCCCAAAUUUGACCCGGCGCUGCACAAAAUCACCCUGCUAGAGGCCACCGCCAUCGCCUCGGGCGCCUCGGGCAAGGCCGGCGGCCUGCUCGGCCUGUGGGCCUACCCGGCCGAGAUCGUGCCCCUGUCCUACCGUCUCCACAAGGAGCUAGCCGCCGAGCACGGCGGAGCCGAGCGAUGGGGCUACCGGAGGCUCGGCUGCGGGAGCCUCAGCGCCGUCGUCAAGCCUUCCGACAUAGCCGCCCUGAAGGCCAGCUCGGUGAGGACGGCGACCCCUGUCAAGGCGCCCCAGGUCCCGUCACCCGGACCCCCGAGGACGAACGGGACUGGCCUUGUCAACGGCAACGGCAGUGCCAACGGUAGUAGUACCAAUGGCGCCGCCGCGGCCACGAACGGAACCAUGAACGGCGCCACGGCGGCUCCGCUACCCAUCCAGUCCAAGGUCGAGCAGGGAGAGGAGAAGAAGCAGUGGGAGAAGCUGCCCAAGCAGGACGUCGCGGCGUCAAGUCUGCUGCACGAGUCGCCGCUGCCCCCGGACCUCGACUACAUCCGGUCCGACCUCGUCGAGCACUACGAGGAGAUGGGCCGGCGCGGCGCCACCGAGACGGCGCAGGUGCACCCCUUCAUGUUCACCACGGCCAUGGCCGCCCUGGCGCAGGACAAGGGCGUCGACAUCCGCCUGGGCGCCAAGGUGACCAAGAUCAACCAGGACGGCGACAGGGUCACGGGCGUCGAGUACCUCGAGCGGCGGACCAACUCGUCGCGCAGGAUCGACGGCGUGACCGACGUGGUCGUCGCGGCGGGGCCCUGGACGGGCGUCGUCCUGCCCAGGACCAAGGUCGAGGGCCUGCGCGCCCACAGCGUCGUCUGGAACGCCCACGUCAGCCCCUAUGCCGUCUUCACCGACAUCGAGCUGCCGGACGACUACGUGCCCGAGCACAGGCGGAAGCUGGGCCAGGGGAGGAAACACACGGGCAACGUGGACCCGGAGAUCUACGCACGUCCCGGCGGGGAGGUCUACGCCUGCGGCGAGCCGGACUCGACCGUCCCCUUGCCGCCCACGGCCGACAUGGUCCAGUGCGACGAGGCCCAGUGCGACGACCUGGUCGCCUACGUCGCCACCGUGAGCCCCGCCCUCGCCGCCGCCCCCGUCAAGAAGAAGCAGGCCUGCUACCUGCCGCGCCACAUGCGCCUCGGCGACGAGAAGGCGCCCCUCGUCGGCCGCACGUCCACGCGCGGGCUCUGGGUCGCCAGCGGGCACACGUGCUGGGGCGUCCAGAACGGGCCCGGCACCGGCUGCCUCAUGGCCGAGAUGCUGCUCGACGGCGAGGCCAGGAGCGCCAACGUCGACAAGCUCGACCCCAGGAGGUACAAGGUUUAG